AUGUUUGUUUAUUUCUAUUCUAAAAACGUCUUAUCAUCAUCAUCAUCAUCAUCAUCAUCAUCAUCAUCAUCAUCAUCAUCAUCAUCAUCAUCAUCAUCAUCAUCAUCAUCAUCAUCAUCAUCAUCAUCAUCAUCAUCAUCAUCAUCAUCAUCAUCAUCAUCAUCAUCAUCAUCAUCAUCAUCAUCAUCAUCAUCAUCAUCAUCAUCAUCAUCAUCAUCAUCAUCAUCAUCAUCAUCAUCAUCAUCAUCAUCAUCAUCGUCAUAUGAACUGACAUCCUAG